UGAUUUUUAAUUAUUCUACAAUUAAAUCAUAGUCUGAAUUAAUUGAAAUACAAGCACAACUUACUAUUAUAACACAUACUAAAAAAUUAGGGUUAGGAUUUUAGGAUACAAGAGACAUCUAUUAGAUAUUGAAAUAGAGGGAAACUGAAGCGCGAACGGUACUACCAAUUGUCAUUCGACGCGUAGACAUAUUAGGGAAAUGAAUCACUAGACUCUGUGUGCCUUAUCAACAUCGGUUUCGUGCGAAGAAUACCGGCUGACUCCUUUUUACAGUUCGUUUGAUUAUCUUCCGAUCGUGAAUCUAUUAUCGUUGGAAUACAAUGCCAGAGAUGUACUAGACACACCGCGUUAACGGACAAUGUCGGAAUACGUUUUCUUGGAUGAUGUUCAUAGAAAAAUUUGCGCGAGCCAAUCAUUUCAACGAAGUGAGCCUACAUCGCAUCGGUUUUUCAGACUGUGGCGUUCCUUGACAUUUUAUCACGUAACUAAGGUUGAUUGGAAGAGUCGAUUUCAUAUCUACUUGUGAAAACAUAAGUAUAAUAUCAUUAAUGAUGUUAUAAUUAUUCUUAGCUAGAAUUAAAUAUUAAUUAAACAUCAGCUAUGUUAAUUUUGUUAAAUUUUGAAAUUAGAGAUAUAAUGUUUGCUUUCAUUUAUAAUCACAUUUAAAUUGAUGUGUGUGUGUAAUGUAAUGUGUGAACAGUACUGCCCUCCAGAGCCUAAUUCUAUUAACUAACAUUUCGAACAGUCGAAGAGAAUGAGGUUAUGUAAUUUCAUUUUUCUUAUUCUUACUUUUUUUUUUUUUUGUUAAAGAACGAAGUGAGAAUUAAUCUUAAUAAUUGAAUAGAAGUGCUUUAGAAGAAAUUUAAUAAUUCUAAUUAUUAAAUCUAUUUUUAGUUCAUUGAAUAAAAGAUUUAUUUUUUCAACGAAUCGAUACGAGGAAAGGAAUGAUUAAUCAGAAUUGAUCUUACAAGAUUCUUUGCUUUAAUUUCAAUAUCAAGUGCAUUCAAAUAUAGUGGAGAUCUAUUGGAACACCUGAAGUUGUUUCCAAGAUCGUUGUUCCAUGCUUUGGAGUCGCGGAAUAAUCCGCUACUGUUCGAGUCCCGUUGUUACCAGACUAUCGGAACCUCACUCUCCAUUGUCUUGGAUAAGGCUUCUAAAAAAAUUCGCAUUGACGUCUUCAUCGAAACUACCUUGAACUUCACUAACUUAAAUCUUUCAACGUUACAUACUAUCACAUUAAUAGAACAUUAAUAGUACAACCAAUUAUUCCGAACGCGAAACGUUAUACAAUUGCCAAGAGAAAAGAUACAUUAUUCCAAAUUGCAUCUUAAAACUGCACGUGCAUAUAUACGUGCAAAGUCAAGUACCAGGAGAAGAACAAACGAGCAGUUAGACAUUUUGUCGUGUGGCAGAGGCAGCGAUUAGAAAAUGUCGUCUCGCGUCGGGAAGACGAGCGAGCGUGGCGAACAGUGGCCAUCCGUUCCGCGGCAGCCAGAAAGGUACAUAGUUGCGGACGCUGCAAUCGGCUGUGCUGGUGGCGUUUCUAACAAAUUAACGGCCGAUAUCUCGUCGUUGCCCUGCUCCUACCUUCUGGCUCCACCUCCCGAUUGUGCGGGCUGGUUCGGCGGAGCCCGGCAGAUCCAGCCGGCGCGCGGAGAGAGAUCAUUUUUGCCACGUAUUUGCAAACUGAAUAAUAAAUACGCAGAUAUACGCGAAGAGGCCGCGUUCCGCCUUCACGCAGCUCGCGCUACGCGCGGAUUGGUCGCACCGGCCACCGAGGGGACGGCGAUAUUCAUUCGCCGUCUCUCCGGCUCUCGUGGACCUACUUUGUACACGCACACGUGCACGAUACCUUGUUGCACGUGCACGCGAUCGUUCACGCUUAAGAGGGGAGGCAGCGUGUGCGCGAGAAUGCACGCCACUCGCUGUACCAUAUCCCUCUCUCGGCGCUCCUCUCGCUACUCUCUCUCGCUUCCCUCCCUCUCCCUCCCCUCAAUACCACUCACUCUUUCUUUCUCCAACGAGACGAAACGACCUUCCCUCUUUUUUCCACGCGUUUUUCCCUCGGCCUUUCGCAUCUCUCCCAUCCUUUUUAAUCCGCUUCACCUUCUAUACCCUAUUUCAUGCUCUCUGUUUCUCUCUCUCUCUCUCUCUUUCUCCUCAUUGCCGUUCCUUUUUCUCUUUCUUUUUCUUUCUCCUUAUUCCUUGCAGUUUCACCAAUGGAUCCAACCGUUCCAUCGUAGAGAUUUUCAACCUUUCUUCGCAACCGUACUUUAUAUCCUUUGGCUUCUCCUCCUCCUUCUCCUCCUACUCCUCCUGCUUCCCCAUCUCCUUCGCCACCGUCCUUGUUCGCGUUUCUCUGGCCGCCUCGCCGGCCGAUCAGCACACACCCGCGCACGUAUACGAUAUGUAUAUACACGCACACCUCUAGAGAAAUACUUAGCCAGUGCACCUCGAUCGGCUUUCUUGUCCUUGCCGCAUACACACCGGCUACUGUGGCUUUCCUAAAUCCCCUCGACAUCACCCCGAUUGCGCAGAAGUGGAAACGCGGCGGGGAGUCACCCAACGUGGUCGAGGCAACCAACCACUCUUAAAAUUGUUCAUUCCACAACGUGGUAGCGAGGGAUAAGGAGAAAGAGGGAGAGAGAGAGACGUCGAUGCCGUUGGAGAAAUAGAGGCGAUAAUGUUGAAUGUAAAUGUCGCGAUGAGAGUUAAGCAUUCAGUUUGAAUUCAGUGAAUGAGACUAUUGAACGUUUCAGUUUUUCUUGAAAAAAAAAAUGAUUUUCAA